AGAGAUUGACACGACAGCACUCCAAACGGCGACAGAUCUCGACGCGAUAAAAACAGAUACGCAGGAUUCUGACGGGAAUGAAAGCCUAAAUAUAAAAACUCAAGAAAAUACUCCGGAGAAAACGAAAAUAACGACUAAAGUUUCGGCAACUUGUGUAGAAGAUGAAAAUCAAGGCACACCAGAGGAAGGAAAAGUGCGAGGGCAAGAGCUUGCUGAUAAUAUUAUACAAACAUUGGCGAAGAUCACCGAUCUCCAACUGUACAGAAUUACGAAAAACAACCAUGAGCAACUGGAAUCGACAGUUAACGAUGUCGUGGAAAUCAUUAGCGAGACACUCGUCAAUGAACGGUGCAUGCCAGAAUUAAACGUUGAGGAAAUUAGAACGUUGACCAGAUGUAACCAACGUCUCGAUGCUUCGCAACAACUUUUGAAGUCAAUACUUUACGGUAACAUUCGGGAAUGUAGAAUGUUUUGGAAUAUACUUGCUAAAGCACAAGUAAAUCCGCAACGUCUGAUGACGUUUUUGAAGCAAGAUGUUGAGGAAGAAGGGAUACUUCAAUACAGAUACCAUCUCCGUGUUCAGAGUAUGACUAUGAAAAUGCCGAAGUUACGUUUAAUUUCUGAUAUCUAUACCGACCCAUGGAUUACCCUGACACACUCUGAGCAUCACAGUGUAACAGGGGAGGGUAAUACACACAUUCGAGAAGUUGAGAUUAAUGAAUUACUCAAAAGACGCAGUAGCCAUUCUGAGAAGACCACUAUCAGUGUCGUCUAUGGGGCUGCAGGAACUGGGAAAACCACCCUAAUACAGAAGAUAAUCCACGACUGGGCCAUGGAAGUGAAAUAUGAGGAGUUCAGAUUUAUCCUUUAUUUCCAAAUUCAGAACUUAAAUGCAAUAAAAGGUAAAAUAACGUUAAGUAGAUUGAUAGUUGACGCAUAUCCUUACUUGGAAAAGUAUCUGAAUCAUUUGUGGAAAGAACCCAAUCGUUUAUUAUUUAUAUUUGACGAUUUGGACCAAUUGGAUCCAUCCAUCAUUUUCUCUGAUAAUGAAAGUAACAGCGAUGCACGACACAGAUGUACCGGACCAGAGUCUAAUUGUUUAGUAAACGACACCCUACGCUGCCUUUUACAGGGAGAUCUUCUAAAAGGCUGCACAGUGCUGAUCACAGCCCGGCUUUGGAAGCAGGAAACGCUGCGUCAUGUACCAGUGGAUUCAACUUUCCAAGUUAUGGGAUUCACUUCUGAGAAAGUAAAACAAUAUUUCUGCCGUUAUUUCCACCAUGUUGAGUACACUAAUUCUAUUGUACAGUUCAUUGAGAAGAAUUACGUACUACAGAACAUGUGUAGUAACCCUUUAUUUUGCGUCACUCUCGCCUCGUCGCUGGAAUCUCACCAAACGCAAAGAGAAGAACAGACAAAAAUAUCCGCUAUAAACCAUACCCAGGUGCUCCUUGACUACGUUGCACUUCUUCGAGGAGUAUUCGGAUAUGACGACAACACAACUCAGAACAUGUUAAUAGAAGUCGGCGAUUUGGCCUACGAAGGAAUAAAACAAAAUACACUUUCGUUUUCGUUUGAAGGCGAUUUAUUAAGUGAUUUAAAUACUUGCCCUCCCAAUUUUACUUCGGCAUUCAUGGUCAGGGAUCCAGACAUACAGAGUUGUGAUGCUGUUUGUAAAUUCAGGCACUAUGUUGUACGAGACUUCCUUGCUGCACUUGCGAAGAUCAUUCAUACCUCACCAUCUCGAUUGAAAAGUUUACUCGAUGAAAUAUUUAUGGACCCUGACAGAAGAUUCAGUAUAUUCUUACUCUUUCUUGUCGGCCUUUCUUCGCGGAAGUCAGCUGAUCGCCUAAUGUUGGAACUGUGUUCAGUCCCAUCCGAAGUUACCUCCUGUGUAUCCGAGUGGCUCACACAAAGUGUCAUAAGACGACUGAGGAACAUGAAUGGGGAGGUUUCACAACGCACGUUUUUACACACACUUUACUGCUUACUUGAAUUUGAAGAUAAUGAAAUAAUGAAAGAAGUGCUGACAUCCAUUCCAACAAUUAAAUUGAAUCGACUCGUUCUCACAUACCCCGACUGCACAGUUCUAUCCAGAACUUUAAUCUAUACUGAGGUAAUUGAGGAGCUGGAUCUCAGUUCAUGUCUUGCACAACCAGAGGAAAUUCAGGAUCUGGAACACCUGCUGCACAAGUGUGUAAUUCUCAGAUUGAAUCAGAUUAACUUACAAGACUCAGGAGUGAAGCACCUCUUCAAUAGUCUGAAGAAAAGUGUCUCCAAAAUAGAAACACUGGAGCUCAAAUCCAACCAUCUAACAGAUGAUUGUCUAUAUACUCUUUUUUCCGCACUGAGUACAAAUCGUUCCCUAACGCGUCUGAACCUGAGCAAUUCCAUUCAGGAUGAAAAGCAGGCCAAUGUGUUUAGUCAUGAAAGACUGCAACGUUAUGUGGAUAAUUACGCUCAGCAAAAAGAAAUCAGAUGGCUAUGCCGUGAACAUGUUGGACAGGACAAUGGAUCAAACAUUCUAACCUUAAUAACAGAAUGAACUUCAAAGAUUGCAUUUAUUUACUUGGAUACAAUAUACUCCACGUUACGUCUAAUGUAGUUUGAUAUGAACAAUUCAGUUUUUUGCUGUUUGAGGAUAAUACCACGGUUUUUGAUCACGUCAGAGAUUUGGAAAACAUGUAUGCAUACAAAUCCUCAGAACCACCCAGUUGUUUAUUUGAUCUGAAAGAUAUUAUUGACUGUUUUCCAAUUUUGUUCCAUGCAUCAUGAAAUAACAACGGUGGGUAGAAUUAUAGUGUCGGGCUUAUCAUUCUGGGAACCAAUAACUAGCUGAGUCCUCGAUGAGUACUGGAAUGUUAUCACAAUCGCAGAGAGUUGUAUGGUCUCUAAAUUUUCUAUUUUCCCCUCGCCUUGCUUUAGCCUGGUUUACGCUACAUUACAUUGUCUGAUAUCAAUAUUUGGAUCAAUGAUACUGUAGGGAUACAAAAAAUAAUUUAGGCAAUUUGGCCGACAGAAAACAUCAAGGGAAGACUUUCACUGGACGAUCAUUUUUCACCUCUCAGAGUUUCGGACCAUACCGUUGUCAGUGCAAGAGCUCAGUAUCGGAAGGUUCUGUUUUAUUUUAUUUUUUUUUAUUUCUGUCUAACAGUAGGUGGGAUCGUCAUCGCUGCAGUAACAUAUUGACCAAUUUACUCCACGUUGAAGCAGAUAUAAACCAUUUUUUCCACAGAAAUGUGUCGUCUCUGGCGAUUUCGUCUUGAACAGCAGGAAGCAAAAGUGAAGAGAAAACAAGCAAAUUUUAUUUCUAGAUGAACUCUUCAAACACAAGGCCGUUCUAAGUGUUUAUGCAAAACAAGAUAUAUGUAUCCGACAUCACAUUUUCGAGAAUAUAUAAGGGAAUAAAAUUAUACAGAAAUAGAAGUUACAGUGCAGGAGAUUCUAAUUAAGAGCUACAGCAAAUGGAAACUAUUUAAUUCCUGACUGAAAAGAGAUUAGCGAUAUUACAUAAAUAUUUAAAAUAAUUCACAAUUCUAAAUAGAAUAUCGUUACAUAUGAAAACAGCAGCAUUUAAUGGGGACAAUUCACUUUUAUUUAAGUUAAUUUUAUAUCCUGAAAAUUUUCCAAAAUCAUUUACUGUUUCCAAAAGAUUAUAAAUAUAUUCUUCAGAGUUCGAAAUAUAAACCAAAAGAUCAUCUGUGUAAAGAGAAAUCUUAUGUAUCGUCCCAUUUAUAGUGAUACAAUGAAUGUUUUCAGCUUCACGGAGUAUGAUAGCCAAAGGCUGCAGCACAAGAUUGAAGGACUUAAUGGACAUCCUGUCUAUUACCUCGUGAGAGUGAAAAAAGAGGACCUGAAAUUGUUAAUAAUAACAGUAGCAAUAUGAUUUAUAAAGCUAAUGUAGUUCCUUUAAUGGACACUAUGAAACAAUUAUUUUCUGGAUGGAACCCACUUACUCUUUCUUUAAUAGGUCGUAUUGAUGCUGUGAAAACGAUGAUUUUACCUAUAUUUUUACAUAUUUUUCAAAAUAUACCUAUCUUUUUAACGAUCACAUUUUUGAUCAAAUUGAUUCUGUUAUUUCUUCCUUUAUUUGGAAUAAUAACAAACAAAGAAUUCAUAAGUAUCAUUUACAAAAAAUCGAAAAAGGAUGGUGGACUGCACUACCUAAUUUCAGAUUUCAUUAUUGGGCUGUUAACAUUCGGCAAUUAUGUUUUUGGCCUUAUUGGCUCGGUAAGAGCCAAAAACUAGCUUGAAUUGAUUGGGAAUUAGAAGCUAUCAAACAAUUCGAUUUAACCUCAUUAGUAGGAGCUCCAUUACCUUUACAACUUGCUAAAAUUCCAAAUUUAAAUUUUUACCCUGUUAUUAAACGGGCCUCACGGAUUUGCUGUCAGUUUUGCAACUCCUUUAAUUUUAAACAAUUUAAAUUGUCUAGCUCUUUAUAUCGAAAUUUUCUAUUUAAACCUUUAAUAACCGAUCCAAUUUUUUUUCUCUUAUGGAAAAAUAAGGGGAUCUGUUUUCUUAGCAGAUUUAUUUUGUGAUGGUCGAUUGAUGAAUUUUGAAGAAUAAAUUAGCAAUUAUUCUCUGUCUCAUACACACUUGCUGCAAUAUUUUCAGUUUAGACAUUUUUUAGAAAAAUACUUAUCUAAGUUUCCAUAUAUGCAAAAAUCCGAUUUGUUGUAUACUCUUUUUAAAAUGAAUCAUUUAAUGAGAUGCUCCAUUGGUCGAAUUUAUAAUUUACUUUUGCUACAAAAAGAUAACCUCUCACUAAAUAUUAAACACGAUUGGGAGAAAUAAUUUAAUAUGACCUUUGUUAAUGAAGAUUGGAUGCGACUUCUGAAAAUGUUCAAUUAUUCUUCUCUAUCUGCCAAUUACUUUUUAAUUCAAUUUAAAAUUAUUCACCGUUAUUACUUAACAAAGGAAAGACUGUCCAAAAUAUUCCUAACAUAGAGAACAAUUGUGAUAGGCGUAAAACUGAAAUAGCCAACUUGUCACAUAUGUUCCGGUCAUAUUCGUCAUGAAAAUCAUUCUGGAAAUUAUUUUUUCUGCAAUUUCUAAUGCUUUGAAAAUUAAUUUACAACCUAAUACACUGACUGUUCCAUUUGGAAUAGUUUCGCGUCAUAUUCAAGGUAUUUCAUCUUCAGAAGACGAUAUAAUUGUAUUUGUUAGAUUGUUGGCAAGAAGGGCUAUGUUAUUGAAAUGGAAAGAUACCUCUGUCCUUACAUUAAUUCAGUGGCUUUCCGAAGUAAUGUUAUGUCUUAGUUUGGGGGGGGGGAAUAAAUAAAUAAAUCGGAGUUCGAGCUUUUGAUCCUCGAUUCGAUUUUGAGAGAAGAUGGGGCUCCUUUGCCAAAUAUUAUCAUUUAAUUUGAAUUAAUUUCCUUCCAACCUUAUUUUAUAUGAAUGUGAAUUGGCGGUUGAAGAUCUUUCUUCGUUAUAUAUAUAACUGAUUGUAAGAAGUAUUCCUCCGGGAGUUGGUUCCAAAUGGUUUUAUUUUCUUUAUAUAUAUAUAUAUAUAUAUGUAUAAUAUCAUUUUUGAUAUUUUCCCUCCAGCUAUAUAUUAUAUAUAUAUAUAUAUAUCAAUUUCUUGUGUCUUGUGUCAUUUUAUAGCUAUAGAAAGUCAUGCAUCAACAAAACCGAUUUUAAAAAUGAAGAUAAAAGCGAUUAACGAUGUCGCAUACUUUGGAUCCUCUGGAAGGCCCAUCCAAAUAUGUGGAGGAUGGUAACCAAACGCUGCAGCACUGUAUUUUGUUUUGACAAUGGGGACGAUAUGCAAACCUACCCCAGACGACCAGAGAACUCGGGAAAGUUAAUAAUGCGUCAAAAAUUGAUGAUGUAUUUUGUCCCAAGACCCUUCAGUUAUUUACAAACACGUCGUAAUACAGCUGAUUAAAACCUUUCAGGACAGGAAGCGAGUGUAGUGAUUUGGAAACUGGACCGAUUUAUUCUACGUUCUUCACCUUAGUGCGGACUCCAGCAGCAAUAUUCUGAAUUAGCUGCGGCUGUCUGAAGGAUUCUUACACAAAUCUAUGAAAAUUCCAUUACAUCAGUCAGACCUACUAAAUGUAAAUAAUGGUCGAUUUUUUUCUUAUAGAUCUUCCUUGGGAUCUUUAACUCUCCCAAAAUAUUUACAAGUGUAGUUGGCUAACUUUGUAACUGUCUGAAUGUGGCAGUUAAAAUUUAAGUCCAUCACAACACCAAGGAUUAGGGCUUGGGUUGUUGUCUGCGAUAUCACGAUUGCAAGUGAGCACUAACAUUUAAUCGUUCUUUUCUUUGACAACAAAAACAAUUUAUCAAAUUUCUCUGUUUAACUGCAGGAAAUAAUGACUCGUCCGAACAGUUAUUUGAACAAUCCAUUAUUUUUGUGAUUGUAUUUUAUGCAUAGGGGUGUGAUCUGCAUAAGUAAAUCCACAGGAUCAUAAGAUAUCGGAGCAGAAUUAGGUCAUUCAUUCCAUCAUUGCUGAUCCCGGAUCCUACACAACCCCGUGGACCUGCCUGAUAGCCAAAUGCUGUGAAGCCCUGAGCAAUCAGGACACUGUCAACUUCCGGUUUAAAUAUACGUGGUGACUUAGCUUCCACUGCAGCCUAUGCAAAGCUUUCCACAGAUUCACUACUCUCUGUCAAAAAAAAAUAAUAAUCCUUAACUUACCUCUGUUCUAAAAAGUCACCCAUCAAUUUUGAAGCUAUGCCUCUAGCUCCCGAUACACCCAACAGACCAAACAACCUCUCCACAUCCAGUUUAUCUAUUGCUUUCAACACUAGGUUGGUAUCAAAGAGAUCCCCAGCAUUCUUCUACAGAAAGGUGAGCACCGGCCCAAAAACUGCCAAAAUGCUUCUCUAAGCUAAUACCGUAAUUCCCGGAUCAUUCUGUUGAACCUCCUCUGAAUUCGCCUGAAUAGCAGCAAAUCCCUACUGAGAUAUGGGGCCCAAAAUUGUUGGCAGUAUUUCAAGUGCACCUGCCUUGUGUCCUUGAAAGCCUCAGCAUGAUCUCCUUACUUUUAUAUUCUAUUCAUCGUAAAUUAAAUGUCAACACUGCAUUUGCCUUCUUUCCCACAGUCUCACCCUGCGAAUUAACUUUCUGGGAGUCUUGCAGCAGGACUUCUAGUACUCUCUGAAACUCUGAUGUUUUAAUUUUCUCCCCAAUCUCGAUAGUAGUUUGUACUAUUGUUUCUAUUACCAAAAUGCAUUGUCAUACAUUUACCAACACUGUAUUCCACCUGCUACGUUUUUUGCCUAUCCUUCUAAUUUAUCUAAGUCCGCAGCAAUCGAAUGUUUUCCACAAUACUACCUACACCUCUACUUAUCGUCGUACCGUUCGAGAACUUUUCCACAAAUCAAUCAAUUCCAUUAUCUAAAUUGUUUAUUUAUAUCAAAAGGUAAGGCAUUUUGUUGCUUACCGUGGGGUGAGCAAGAAGGAGCAUGUGUACAGUAUGUUAAAAAGAAGAGGACCUCGUAUGGACAACUGAGGCACUCCGUACGUCAUUCUUGUUCGGUCAGAUAUGCAGCGGACAAUCGAUACAAAAUAGACCCUAUCUUGUGUUAAGCGUUUUAAACCACUUUAGGAAUGUACUGGAGCAUCCCACAUAGUCUUCCAUCUGCCACGUAAUAUGCCAUGGUCGGUCAACUGUGAGAUUCAGCAAAACCAAAAGUGAAAUGUUAUCAUCAUCAUGUUUUAAGCGGAUUUUAUUUGACACCUUGGUCACAACAAUCCUCGUCCUAUGCUAUUGUCGAAAUCCGAAUUGGGGAUAUUGCAUACAGUUGCGACGAGACAAAAAGCUGUUGACUUGAUGAUAAACCGCAUUUUUAAUGAUGUUACUUAAGCAUUGUAAGUUUGAUAUAGGCCUGCAGUUAUUAAUAAUUGCUCAUCUCGCUUCUUCUGUUUUAAGAAAGGCAAACUAAAUGCAGUUUUCAGGGCUUUUGGGGGGCAACCUAAGAGAAGAAGUUGUCAUUAGUAACAGAAUGACUGGCGACAUUCAGUUAAAAAUAUAUAAUUUAAAAAAGUUUGGAGGUAAAAUGUCAAGUGACCAGGAUUAGGACGAUUGUCUUUGACCCUAAUUUGACACUAAACUGAAUAUUGGUAUUUGUACAUCUGUGUGAUUUUAUAUUAAAUUGUUAUUCCGUGAAUUAAAAAUAGACACAAUAGUAAUGAGGCCCACAGAACUAGCAAAAGACAAGGAGUUAUACAAUGAAUUAAACACGUGGAAAUAUGCUUGGUAAUCUUUAUUUAUUUUACCAUGAAAUAAAACAACUUCAAAGUACUUGCAGACCUUCUAUUUUAUUUCCAAAUUACUACUGAACUUGCCAGCUGUAUGUCGCGGCCGGUGAUCUCAUUUAAAUAAGGUGCUGAAAACAAAAAAAGAUCGUGACGGUAUUCAAGGAAUUAAAUGUUUUAAAAACUACUCUG